GUAGCACGGUGUCGAAGGUAUUACGAAGGAAGGAACUUUACCUGAAUCUAGAUAGUUCGGGCGGCUCUCCCGUGAAAAAAACUAAGGGAAAGUCGCCGCCAGAUAUCGAGCGGGCUCUGGCGAACUGGGUGAGGGGUCAACAGAAGAAGGGAGUUGUAGUUAGCGACACUCAGAUGGAGGAGAAGGCGAGGGUCUUUUGCACCGGCUCGGACAGCCCUCUCAAAACCAUCACAGCCUCUUGGAUCGAAAAGUUCAAGCAGAAGCAUAAUAUUGGGCCGGGAAAGUUGAUCCGUAGAGCUUCGGAGACGGCGAUUCCAGAUAAUGCUCGACUGGACACCGGCUCACCCUUACUAUCUGCUACACAUACACCAGGAGGCAUUUCGCCGGCUUCACCAACAAACCAGACGGCGUCACCGCAGAUAUCGUCGGUGAGCGAGAAAUCUGAAGUGAAGGAAUCUAUCUCAAAUGGCUUCAUGGACUUCGAGACCAAUGGAUACAGACACCCACAUUCUCAGAGCUCAACAUCACUCUCCAGUGCCGUCACAGACCCGCCGAGCUCAACCUUCUCAGCGGGUGCUUUCAGCCCAUCAUCACAGUUCAACUUUUCUCCAGAUCCGAACACAGGCAUGUUCAGCGACCGGAAUCAACAAAUGCCGCCAGGAGCCUCUGGUUUCCAGCGUCCCCGAAGUCAGACGGUUCCAGACCUUGGACAUCUCGAGUACAUCAACCAAUCGCAACCUUCGGAACCUCUGACACCUAAAUAUAGCCAGGCUGGGACAGCGCCCUCUUCUGCCCUGGAAUCCCCGACCCACGAGAUGUCAGGCUCGUCCUUUAGCGGGCUAGACUCGGCCAUAUCCCCACCAACACAACUACAUCAUGUGAGCAGCAGCAGCAGUUUAGCCGGCAGGUCGAGCUGCUCGGGCACAGCUGGAGUUUCCGGGACUUCGAUGGGCUCCUCGCCUAGUUCACCCACUCAGGAGGAUGCUAGGCGAGCCGCGGACACGCUCCUCAGUUUUAUGCAACAGAUCAAAUCGACUGGCUUAGUCGACCAGAACGACUUUUUAAUAGUCUUGGGUCUCACCGAGAAGCUGAGGUUGCAACCACAGCAACAGCAUGGAGGACCCCAGGCGAACUCGGCAACCCAGGGCCUUGGUGGUCUAUCGAGGAUACCGGAAGGAGACACUGAGAUGACGACAAUCCCUUCACCCAUGGUGAAGAACGAGACAGCGAUGAGCGUGUGACUGCACUGGGGUCCCAUUUUUCUAAAUGAAGCAGUCUCGAAGACUAUGCAUGGUAUCACAGCGUGAACUCUCGUGGCUUUUUGUUUCUUUGCUGAAUGGUGCGAGGCCUAUACCUCU